UCAAAUUAGUUUCCUGUUUUCUUCUGUUUGGGCAGAUACGCUUGACAUGGAGCGACAUCGUACCAGUGUGCCGAGGACCCCCCUCAACAGUAUUGCAGUUCAGAGGAGGAGCAGAAGUAAAAGCUACCGGCUGUCUUCUUCACGCCUCGGCUUAACUCCAGCAUUGACGGCACGGAGGCUCAACACCAGCAGAAAGGCUCCAAAGUUACAAAACAUCACUGAGAAAGUGAAUGUGGAGCAGCUGGCCUUACUGGUGAAAACAGAGUGGCGUCUGUCGUAUGUGACUCCUCUCUAUCAGUUCAGACACACUCAGCUGCAGAGCUACUCCAGGCAGCUCUCAGCCUUUAUUGCUGCAGAGAAGCAGCGAGGUUUGGCAGUGGAGGUGGAAGCAGCGCAGAACACCUUCAGAGCCUGUUUCUCCGUGGUGCAGGGGAUGACCGAGUUGGAGAAUGAUGCUGAAACUGUCCUCAUACAGAUCCACUCAAAGCCUUUAUUUGGCAGGCAGGACGAACCACAGAAGCCAAUAUGGAGCGGCUGGCUGACCUGCAUCAACGGCAACCCAGAGUACCUGCGCUCACUUCCAAAGGACUUCAUCUGUCUGCCGCUGUUCGGCAGCAGCGGGGCCGAGGGUCUCACUACUUUGGUCAAAUCCUGGUUCCAGCAAUCCUUCGACUGCUGCUUCGGCCCUCUGGAAAUCAGCCAAACCAGCCUGAACUGGCUGAUGGUGUUAUGGACUAACUGCCACAACGACUCCAACAUCCAGCACCUCAAAAUGAUUUGGGAAAUACCAGCUGUGCCGCCGCUGCAGGUCACCUACACAGUAAAUCCUGAAGAUGCCUGGGACCUGUGGAGCAGUGUGAGGAAAGGCAAGGAAGGCGAGGAGGAGACGGAUGAGGAUAGUAUCGACAUUGAGGAGGUGAUGAGAUUCGUGCAGGGGCUGAAGAGCCACUUCUACAGACACUUCAGACUGGAUCUGUCAGCAGGCAGCCUGAGCCAGGUCACCACAGCUCUGGGCUCAGCCAAGUCAGGCGGCAGGAUCAAGAUCUCCAAUAGCAGAUACAUGAUCGCCAUCCUGGCAUUACUGACGGAGUGCGCCCUCCUCAAAAUGCCCAUCUGAGUAACAGUUUAACACCACUAGGAAAUAAUAAUGCAGCAAUACUGCAAUGAAAACAGUUACUUUAUAGAAAGAGUGAAAAUGUUCCUCAACUUUUUUACAUUUUUUUUAUAUUUAAGCACACCAAACGAGAAUUAUUUUCAAAAAAUUUCUAAACACAAUAAUAGCACAGCAGUUAUAUUCUGGUUGUUCUUACACUCAUUUUCCUGCAUUAAUAGUUAAUAAAUACAGGACAUCUUGUGGUUCUAAUUAUGAAGUGUUGAGGAAUAUUUUCCUAGUUUACAAUCCUGUGUACUGGCAACCAUGUGUAGGUUCCACCUCUUAUGUAAAUACUAUAUAUUCUUGUCCAGUUUUUUAUGUUUUUUUUUGUCAUUUAUAGCUGUAAAUAAAAGCAAUAAAAGGAAGUGUGGCUGCUG